AUGUUAAUAACAACAUGAUUGCAAGAUGGAUGCAGCACAAGCAACUCUGUGCUGUCUGAAAUUAUAAUAACCACUAUUAUUAUUACCAAUCACCGCCAUGUUGAUGGCUUUUGCAUUGAGCGACGUUUUUUUUUGUUAUUAUUAUGCCGCCGCCAUCAUUGCAGGAGGAUGCUACUAGCCUCCGCCGUGGUCGUCUGGGAAUGGCUGAACGAGCACGGCCGCUGGCGGCCAUACAGUCCGGCCGUGUGUCGCCACAUCGAGGCGGUCAUCCGGAGCGACCCUCGGUGUGCUAGUGUGGUCGUCCUCGGCCAAGUGGACUCUCGCCUCUCGCCCUACAUUGUCGAUUUGCAGUCCAUGCACCAGUUCCGCCAAGACACAGGUACUCUCAGACCGGUACGACGGAGCUUCUAUGACCCAACGUCAGCUCCCGGUCAGGGUUGGCUGUGGGAGUGGGAAAACGACGUGGGUAGCUGGACGGCGUACGACACAGAGGUGGGGAUCGCGAUCCAGGCGGCACGUGACCGCCACCAACCCUGGCUGGACCUGGCGCCACUGGGUUUCUGCUACCUCAUUGACUUCGGAAGCAUGACCCAAAUCAACGAACAGACGCAACGCUGCAGGCGGAUCCAGCGCCGCUCCGAUCUGGCAUACCCAUUAGUGUCUGGGCCCCUACCAAAAUCGCACCACCCGUGGGGGUCUGUGCAUCAGAGUGGAGGACCAGUGGGGGUGGAUAUACCCGGAGGGAGCGUGGGCAUCAGGAUGGGCAGUGCGGGCACAGGGAACGGGAGCGCCUACCCCAGUGGGGCACUCCCUGCUUCAGCGAUCACCUCCUUGGGGCCGCCCUGUGCCUGUCAGCAAUGCAUGCUUCUCUUGAGUGUUAAAGCGGGUACCGUGUCAAAUGCUCAAACUCUAGGGCGGAGACCAGCCCCACAGACUAAACCGCCCAGUCCCAAACUUAGCAGCCACCUACCCUACUCCCUGACCCUACCACGGUUGCCGUCCCUCUCGCGGUCCCCACACAGGACGUCCAUGGUUGGAGCAACAGGUGGCCCCAGUGUAGUGGGGGGUAUGGCGGGUGGUAGUGGUCUCGGAAGUCUUGGCAUGGGUGGAGGAUUUGCUCACUCUUUGUCCCUGUUGGGCUCAGCCACUGCUGCCAUGUCCCUUAACUCCUAUCGCCCCCCACCCCCGACUCUACCCCCUCCGCCGCUUCCCCCCUUGCCUCCGCCACCCUCCUCCACCGCUGCCUCAGGCCAGCCUCUCAUCUCCACCUGUACGCCUUCACCUUCCGCCCGUGUCCUAGGGCCGUUGUCUUUAUCAUCCGGCUCCGCCCCUGUGCCACCUCGGUCCAGCCUGGCAGGUUUGAGUCGACCAGCAUUACAGCGUAUCGCCAUGGCACAGUCCCGGGCCCUCAUUGCGUCAGGGGUGCCUACGGUUCCAGUGAAGAAUCUCAAUGGUUCCAGUCCCGUGCACCCUGCCCUGGCAGGUAUUACUGGCAUCCUAAUGAGCGCCGCAGGACUUCCUGUCUGCUUGACCCGCCCCCCCAAGCUGGUGCUUCAUCCACCGCCCGUCAGCAAAAGUGAGAUCAAACCCGUGCCCGGUUUGGGACAAUGCUGUCGCAAAACAACUAAGAAGCAAGCCCGGAAAGGGAGGACCCCUGAGGAGGUGGUGAAGAGGUACCUUCAGAAAGUCCGUAACCCCCCAGAGGAGGACUGCACCAUUUGCAUGGAGGUCCUGGCCGGUCCGUCGGGCUACAAAGGUCCUGGGGUGGGCGGCAUCUCCAGGGCAGAGUCGGUGGGGCGCUUGGCCCAGUGUGGCCACCAGUACCACCUGCAAUGCCUGGUGGCGAUGUACAACAACGGCAACAAAGAUGGAAGCCUGCAGUGUCCCACCUGUAAGACCAUCUACGGCGUCAAGACUGGAAACCAGCCCCCCGGCAAGAUGGAGUACCACAUCAUACCGCACUCGCUACCUGGACACCCCGACUGCAAAACCAUACGAAUUAUUUACAACAUUCCGCCUGGUAUUCAGGGUCUGGAACACCCAAACCCAGGCAAACCCUUCACCGCCCGCGGGUUCCCCAGACACUGCUACCUCCCAGACAGCGACAAAGGCCGAAAGGUGCUGAGGCUGCUUCUGGUGGCGUGGGACCGUCGUCUCAUAUUCUCUGUGGGAACGUCCAGCACCACGGGCGAGUCGGACACGGUCAUUUGGAACGAGGUGCACCACAAGACGGAGUUUGGCUCCAACCUGACAGGACACGGAUACCCGGAUCCUGGGCACCUGGACAAUGUCCUGGAGGAGCUGAAGGCUCAGGGCAUCACUGAGGAAGAAUGUCUUCCCAGAGAAUGAAGAAAACAGGACUGCAUGUGUCUGGAAUUCUUGUUUUUUCUCUAAAAGUCAUUCCAUGAUUCCUACUGUGAGACUAGAAUGUAAACACAAUGGCCGCGAUCAUGGAUAAGCAUGGAUGUUUGCUGCCUUCCAGUGUCAUUUAUGGGUAACUACAUUAAUUUAUUUUUUAAAUGUGCUGUAAAAUCCUUAAUCUUACAAUAUGAUGUGCUAAUAUUGUUUAUUAUUUUUAAUCUAUUUGCAUUUAACCCAGUAACAUUUUUACAAACUAAUCUGUAAUAAAUGUAGCUUUUUUUCCCCAUUAUUAUUAUUGUUUUUGCCAAUCAGUUUGCCUUCAGUUCCAUAUGGACUGUUUUUGUAGAGGCAUUUCUUUUGUACUGUAUGUAUGUGUUAUCUGUGUGGGCACAUUUGCAUUAAACAUUCGUUUUUUUAUAAUA